AUGACACAGGCAGAUAUUGAAAAUGUAACGAGGAAGUUCGUUGAUACGGCUCGGUUAAUGGCCGAUAGUGGAUUCUCCGGCGUUGAGCUGCAUGGUGCCCAUGGAUAUCUAAUCGAUGCGUACGGCGGCACUCUGGAGAAGAGAGCAAAAUUUGUCCUAGAUAUCAUUACCGAAAUUCGAAAAGCCGUUCCAUCGAAGUUCUGUGUGGGCAUCAAACUCAACUCUGCAGACCACAGCUCAUCAACCUUUGAAGAAACCAUGGCUCAAAUUGGAUUACUGGUAGAGGCCGGGAUUGACUUCCUCGAAGUCAGUGGUGGAAGUUAUGAAGAUCCCAGUAUGAUGGGAGGGACACAGCCGCAGAAGAGUGCCCGCACAGCAGCCCGUGAGGCCUUCUUCAUCGAGUUCGCAACCGAGGCCCGCAAGCGGUACCCUGAUCUUGUCUUCAUGCUGACAGGCGGCUUCCGAAGCCGGACAGGCGCCGAGUCCGCUAUCAAGGAGAAUGCAUGCGAUCUAAUUGGAAUCGGCCGCCCGGCGGCUAUUGACGCCAAGUUCCCUCAAUUGCUUCUCGAUGAAAGUGUGCCAGAUGAGAAAGCGCAGUUGCUCCUGAACAAGGUUCCCGCUCCAUUUAUUACUCGUUUCCUUCCUACGAAGAUCAUAGGCGCUGGGCUAGAAACUACAUAUUACGGGGGGCAGAUUCAACGGAUAGCAAAGGGACUGAGGACCAUGGUACCGUCUGUUUGA